CCAACGCCCACACCCAUCAGCUGAUUAUCGUAGCUGGGGCCUCUGGACCCGGUGAAAGCCUGGGGCCGGAGGAGGAGGAGAAAGCCGAGGAGGUUGGGGUAAGGUGACUGCUUAGAAAACUGUGUGGCCCACCAACAUCUGAUGAAAUUACUGACUAAGCAGAGCAGCCAUGUCUUACACUCCAGGGACUGUCGGCGACCCCACUCAGCUGGCCCAGCGCAUCUCCUCCAACAUCCAGAAGAUCACACAGUGCUCUGUGGAAAUACAGAGGACUCUGAAUCAACUUGGAACACCUCAAGAUUCACCCGAAUUGAGGCAGCAGUUGCAACAGAAGCAGCAGUAUACUAACCAACUUGCCAAAGAAACAGAUAAGUACAUUAAAGAGUUUGGAUCUCUGCCUACCACCCCCAGUGAACAGCGUCAAAGGAAAAUCCAGAAGGAUCGCUUGGUGGCUGAGUUCACAACAUCACUGACCAACUUUCAGAAGGUCCAGAGGCAAGCUGCUGAGAAAGAAAAAGAGUUUGUUGCUCGCGUGAGAGCCAGUUCCAGAGUAUCUGGUGGUUUUCCUGAGGAGAGCUCAAAAGAAAGGAACCUUGUAUCGUGGGAAAGCCAAACUCAACCUCAAGUGCAAGUACAGGAUGACGAAAUUACAGAGGAUGACCUCCGCCUUAUUCACGAGAGAGAGUCUUCUAUUAGGCAGCUCGAGGCUGAUAUUAUGGAUAUUAAUGAAAUCUUUAAAGAUUUGGGAAUGAUGAUUCACGAGCAAGGAGAUGUGAUAGACAGUAUAGAAGCAAAUGUUGAAAAUGCAGAGGUGCACGUUCAACAAGCAAACCAGCAACUGUCAAGGGCAUCAGACUAUCAGCGCAAAUCCAGAAAAACCCUGUGCAUCAUCAUUUCUCUCCUUGUCAUCGGAGUUGUAAUUAUUGGCAUCAUAUUGGGAGUGAAAGGCUAAAAUUACAAAGGAGCACACUGCUGCACUACGUUAAUCUAAAUUAUGCAGGGAGGUUCCUGUAAUCAUGGUUUUUUAAUUAUUAUUUUAACGCUAUUGCAUAAAGGGUGGUUCCCAUACUUUUAUUUUUAUUUGGGGGGAUGUUUCCUUUGUAUUAAAUCGGAUGUUUUCUAAUACUGAACAUUUUUCUAAAUAUCACUGCUGGCGUAACUGUCAUGCUUUCUGGUCUAAUAACUUAGUUUUUUGCCCACAUUGUAUAUGUCUUUCAUUUAUAAUUUAUUUAUCUUGUUGACUUAGUUUUGGGAAUUAAUAAAUUUAAAGAUGUGCGUGUGUUUUCUGUGGGCAUCUGUAACAUGCACCAGAUUUGCGUUACUUCAUUAAAAAUCUCUGCCUUUUGAUUAGGGCAGCAGAGGAAAUAUUGUCAAAACCUUGAAAAAAUUAUGUGUUUAUGUUGGUUUUCUUUUGUGGUUCAUCCCAGCACAAAUUAUCUUCUCUUAAGGCCCUUGAUUAUUCUGAAUGAAAUCAGUGAAUAAUUUCCCACUGUAUUUCAUAUACUUGAUGUGUACAUAUUAAGCAUAUGCUGUAGAUUGCCUAGUAAACAACUAAGGAUAGACUGUUUUUACGUAGGCUCUGUUUAAAUCUGACACUGACUGAGAAAUGUGUAGUCACUAUAAAUGUUUAAUGUGAUUUGGAUGGAAAGUAUGACAUAUCAGUACUUUCUGUGUUAGAAUUCUAAAGAUCCCAACCUGUUAUUCUGUUGAGUAUUUCCACAGCUAUUAUAAUGGAAAUUAAUUAUCUUUUCUCAUAUCCUAUAGCAUAAUGGUUACAUUUGUAUCCUUAGGUCAAAAUUAUUGGGGAGGUGACUGUGCCACAGUGUUUUCAGCACCUAGCACUUAACAUUUCGUGUUUCCCUUGAGUACCGUUUUGUACCUUCCUUCAUUGGAAAAGGAAUUGGAUGUUUACCAAUUGACUCACUUGCCUUUUUAAGUCACUUUUGUUUUAAUGUACUAAUCUGAAUACUGUAAAGAAUUAUCUUAGUUUAUAGUUUGUAUUUUAUAAUGUUCUUAUACAGCAGUUUGUUAGUGAAGGCAAUGUUUUACAUGGCAAGCUACGAACUUCAAAUGGGAGCAAAUAAAAUAUCAAGUAACUAAGUUGUACAUUUGCAGUCACAAUAAAGAUGAUUUUAAAAGUG